CCUGGGUAACCCGAAUAUAUUAACCCGUCCGUUAUCGGGCCACCCGUUAUCAGUUUAAGCUUCAUCACUUCUAUUGAAAUUAGGGUUUCCUUCUAUCGGCGAAUUCAUCUAGGGUUUGUUCUAAAUUCUAAUGGCAAUGGCUGCUACAGUCCGAUCAAGCGUCACUGGUUUCACCAAAUCUCUCAUUUCAACUCAGAGAUCCACCGUCGCACGAGCCGUUAUUUGCCCUAAUUUCACCAGUUCCGAGCAAUUGAGAAAUUUUGCUUCUGGUUCUGCUCCAAAGGAUGUAAAGAUCAAGGUGCCUGUAGCUAUGUUUGGAGGCUCCGGAAACUACGCAUCUGCAUUAUUCAUUGCAGCAGCAAAAGCCAACGCAUUGGAAAAAGUCGAAUCAGAACUUGCUGAUUUUGUUUCAGCCACUACUAAAGCCUCGACAUUUUCUCAAUUCAUGAAAGAUUUGGCAGUACCAGCCGAUAUUAGAGUGAAGGCCAUUAAUGAAAUUUCUACUCAAGCUAAAUUCUCAGACAUCACAAAGAAUUUUUUAGUCGUUUUGGCUGACAAUGGGCGGCUUCGACAUGUUGAUACUAUUGCUAAGAGAUUUUCAGAUUUGACCAUGGCGCAUCGUGGAGAAGUUAAAGCUAUUGUCACUACUGUGAUUCCGCUCCCUGCUGCAGAGGAGAAAGAACUGAAAGAAACUUUACAGGAAAUACUUGGUAAAGGGAAAAAGGUUCAUCUUGAGCAGAAGAUUGAUCCCAGUAUUCUUGGCGGGCUUGUGGUGGAAUUCGGGCAAAAGGUUUUUGACAUGUCGAUAAAGACCAGGGCAAGGCAAAUGGAGCGGUUCUUGCGUGAUCCAGUUAACUUUGAUGCCUAAGAAGGCGUCGUGUAAGGCUUUUUGAAAUAUAUUAAUUCGAUCCCUAGAAAGAAUGUUUUCUCUUUCUGGAGUUUUUCUUUCAUUCAUGACAUCUGGUUAAUUGAUGAAAUAAAAGUUACUGUGCUCUAAUUUUGCUAUUUGAAAAUGUUCUUUGGAUGUUAA